GUCACAAAUACAUGAAGAAGGAGAAGCAGCAGCAGCAUCAUUAUCAAUCCUUCCAUCAAAUCAAACAAAAGAUUAUUAUCAGAAAAUCACAAUAAGGUUCCAACACAACUCAGCUUCCCUCCUGUCUUGUCUCUGUUCCUGUUUCAUCACUCUCCGCCACUCUUUCAAGUUUCACCCCCUCACUCAACACCACUCUCUCUCUCUCUCUCUCUCUCUCUCUCUCUCUCUCAGCCAUUUAUUACUGGGGGCUUGCGUUCAUUUUCCCCUCUUGUUCAUAACUUUCUUCUUCCUUUCUUCACGUUCUCCGAAGCUCAAAGUCCAAACCAAUAAAUGCCCACACAGAUUCUUCUAACCAUCUUCUUCCUUUCUCGUCAAAGUUAUUCACUUUAUUAUCUAUGAUUGCAUUUCUACUAUUAAAGCUUGCACCUUCCGUAGCUACAAUGAUUGUAUUAUGAGCUGGUUUAGAUCUGAUUCUGCAGUAACGGCGGCAGGGAGUUCCACCCAGUAACCAGGUGGUAAUAAAGUUUCCAUUUUUAUGAGUGGGGGUGGUGGGGUUAUUGUGAACGUGGGAAUGAUGGAAGCAAGGAUGAAGAAAUACCGACAAGUGAGUCCUGAAAGGGCCAAAGUGUGGACAGAGAAGUCACCAAAGUAUCACCAGAAUAGGAAGGUUCCUGUCAUUUACUAUCUUUGCAGGAACAGGCAGCUAGAACACCCUCAUUUCAUGGAGGUUCCUCUUACAUCCCCUGAAGGCCUAUACUUGAGAGAUGUGAUUGAUAGACUUAAUGCAUUGAGAGGUAGAGGCAUGGCUUCCUUGUAUUCAUGGUCUUGUAAGAGAAGCUACAAGAAUGGUUUUGUGUGGCAUGAUCUCUGUCAGGAUGAUCUAAUUCUACCUGCCCAUGGGAAUGAGUAUGUCCUCAAAGGUUCUGAACUCUUUGAUGAAUCAAAUUCAGAUCGAUUUAGCCCGAUUAACAAUGUCAAAAUACAAAGCCUGAAGCAGUUACCAGAGCCAGUCACUUGUAGGAGCCAUGAUGGAGCUUCCACUUCUUCUAGCCUGAAUGGGAAAGAAGCAAGAAACUCUCAAGAUGAUGAUGAGCUUUCCACAGGACAACGCAGCGGUUCCUCUGAUGUUUCUCCAGAGUCUAGAGCUGGAAAAAGUGAUUCUACUAACUUGUCAUUGCCAGAGUACAAAAUCUACAAGAGUGAAAAAUUGUCAGAUGCUUCAACUCAGACAGAAGAACCUAAGAGUAUAACCAAAACACAGAAAACUUGUACCAGGGGCGUAUCAACAGAAGAUGCAUCAAUGGAAUCUGAAUGCCAUGAGAUACAUCAAGAUGAAGUGCCACAUGUGACUGAAAAUUCAGAAAUCUGUAGGGAAACCAUUUCUCCUCCUCCUUCGACUUCUAGUCCCACAUCUUCUGGAGGGAAGAUUGAAACUUUGGAAUCCUUGAUUAGAGCUGAUUUGAGUAAAAUGAACAGAUUUAGGAUCAUGGAUGAGGAGGGACGAAUGCCAACCAACACAAGGCUGAAAGCCUCAAAUCUGCUGAUGCAACUGAUCUCGUGUGGAUCAAUAUCGGUGAAAAACCACAGUCUUGGCCUUAUUCCUUCCUAUAAGGCCAAGUUUUCCAAUGGAAAAUUCCCUUCUCCAUUGUUCUCGACUUCUGUCGUGUUGGGGGAAUUCGAUUGCCUAGCUGAGAAUCCAAAGGUUAUGGGUCUCAGAUUGGAAGACAAAGAGUACUUUAGUGGGAGCAUAGUUGAUUCUAAAUUAUCAAAUGAACAAGGAGAUGGACCUAAUGUUCUGAAACGCUCUUCUUCCUACAAUGCUGAGAGGUCAAGUGAAGAGCUGAAAUCACAAGACAUAGAGGAAUCAUCCUCAGGACAUUCCAAAUGCAUUUUGCAGUCGGUUAAGGCUUCAUUGACCAAGCAGCCACGAAGUGAAUCCAUGAGAUACACAGUUUCUGAUGGACCAAGAAAAUCCAUGGAUAGAGUUGAUGGCUCAGGCGUAUCGCCAGUACCAUCCUAUGGUAGCAGCAAAAGAAUCACCGAACCUUCAUCAGCAAAAAAGCAAUCAAAGAUGAUAGAGUCUUUUGAGGAGGAGAAGGUGAUCAAAAUUGAAGAAAGCUUGCUUCAGGAGCUCGGGUUAUAAUCGAAUCUAAACCAUCUCGCCACACAGCAUUUAGCUCUUAAAACCUUUUAUUCAGAGGUUAGGCCACUAGUAAAUACAAUAUAUAUAGGUAUAGGUUUAUAGGUACACAUGAAAUUUGUAAAUCUGAAAAAUGAAGACAUGUUGUGACAUAUAAUAGUGUAAGAACCCAGAGUCUGGUAUUAUAUAGUAUUGUUACAUUUUAUAAGACUCAGUGGUAUAGUGUAUGAAUUUUUUUCAUUUUUUUCCCCUACCACAUCAGAAACAUGCAACAAUGAAAAAAAAAAACCACCAAUGUUCCUAAGAGCAUCCUAGUUAUGAUAUUUGUGCUUAUUGCAUGGACCUUAGUGGCAUGUUAUUGGGUUUAACAGGUUUUUCAUAUAAGUUAAUGCAAUGAGCACAGAAAUCAUAGCUAAGACAUCCUCAAACUUGGGUGAUUAUUGCCUUUUGCUGCAUGUUUCAAAUGAGACACUAUGAAAUUUUAAGGAGUAAAUGAUUCGUGGGAUUAACGUUGGCGUGUCAGGGCGAAUGACGGCGUGCCUGGGUAACGGCAAGGAAGUUGGACCUUUAGCAUUAAACAUAUGACUGAAACACUGCAAGGGGUUUGGAUAAUAGUGCAGGUUUAGUCCCUGUCUCAGUGGUCCUUAAACCUUCCUGUUCAUAGGGACUGCUAUCUGAAAUGAAUUGACUCCACAAUGUUAUUUACAUUGUAAAUAUAGAUAUUGAGAUCUAUCUCUUUUGCAACCAUGCACUUGUUUCUUUCAAAAACAGUAGUAGGGUCGUAUUCUAUCUCAUUUUUCCUUGGCAUUCCUGCUGGUUUUGCUGCUAGAACAUGUGAGAUUGAAGUUGCCAUUGUAUUGUUGUCUUUAUCAUCAAUAACAAUAUUAAUUCUUGAAGUUAAAAUGAAGCAAAAUGCUGUUUGUUUGGUAUUGAAUUAUUGAUAGACCCUUUUGGAAACAAU